CAUGUUGACUCGACUGAGCGUCCCGUUCCGUCUGCCGACACCCCGCCCCGUCUGUUCAGCACGCUACCUCAACUCCUCCUCCCACUCCAUCUCUCCCAGCCCGACAACGUUCGUCUCGUACCUCAGGAACUGCAGAUCCCUACGUGAACUCAAGCGAAUCCACGCCCGGGUCUUCCAGGCCGGGCUGGAGCAGCACGAGAACGUGCUCAACAAGCUGGUGGCCUUCUGCGCCGACCCUUCUCACGGGGACUUGCGUCACGCCGAAAAUGUGUUCGCCCACGCCAGAGACCCGAGCCUGUUCGUGUACAACGUAGUUAUCAAGGCGUUGGCGAAGAGCGGGGAGUUCGAAAAGGCCGUGUCGGUCUUCCGUAAGCUGAGGGAACGUGGGCUGUCGCCCGAUAAUUUCACGUACCCGUACGUGCUGAAGGCCAUUGGGUGCUUGGGAGCGGUAGGUGAAGGCGAAAAGGUUCAUGGGUAUGUGGUGAAAUCCGGGCUCGAGUUCGAUGCGUACGUGGGUAACUCGCUCGUGGAUAUGUAUGCGGAGUUAGGCAGGACGGCGAGCAUGGAGCGGGUGUUCGAUGAAAUGCCUGAGAGAGAUGUUGUUUCUUGGAACGUGGUGAUUUCUGGGCACGUUAGGCAUCGGAGGUUUGAUGAUGCUGUUGGUGUUUUCAGGAGAAUGCUGGUUGAGAGUAACGCGAGGCCGGAUGAAGCUACUGUUGUGAGCACUCUGUCGGCUUGUACAGCCUUGAAGUUAUUAAAACUUGGCAAGGAAAUUCAUGAUUAUGUAAAUAAGGAGCUUAUAUGCACGUCGAUCAUUAGCAAUGCCUUGUUGGAUAUGUAUUCAAAAUGUGGCCAUUUAGAUGUAGCUCGUGAAAUAUUUGAUGAGAUGCUGACUAAGAAUGUUAUUUGUUGGACGAGCAUGAUUUCUGGAUAUGUGAACUGCGGUCAGCUUGAUGAAGCCAGAGAAUUAUUUGAUAGGAGUCCGGUUAAGGAUAUUGUCCUGUGGACGGCCAUGAUCAAUGGCUAUGUGCAAUUCAAUCGUUUUGAUGAGGCAAUCGAUUUGUUUCGAGAGCUGCAAGUUAGGAGGAUUAAACCCGAUAAGUUUACUACCGUUGCUCUCCUCACUGGUUGUGCUCAGUGUGGAGCUCUAGAGCAAGGGAAGUGGAUUCACGGAUACAUAGAUGAAAAUGGAAUACAGCUAGAUGCUGUUGUUGGAACUGCUCUAAUCGACAUGUAUGCUAAAUGUGGCCGUAUAGACGAAGCCUUAAAAAUCUUCUAUAGGUUGAAGAUUCAUGACACAGCCUCUUGGACGUCUAUCAUAUGCGGGCUCGCCAUGAAUGGUAGAACGGGGGAAGCAUUGAAUCUGUUCGUGCAAAUGAGAGAUUAUGGAUUCAAACCAGAUGAUGUAACAUUUAUUGGCGUUCUGAGUGCGUGUAGCCAUGGAGGAUUAGUUAAGGAAGGCCACCAAUUAUUUAGCUUAAUGACAGAAACUUAUGGGAUUGUGCCAAAGGUAGAGCACUAUGGGUGUAUGAUUGAUCUCCUUGGUCGUGUCGGAUUAUUAGAUGAAGCAGAGAAAUUAAUAGAAAAGGUUCCAACUGAAAAUGAUGAAAUUGCAAUUCCACUUUAUGGGGCUCUGCUUAGUGCUUGCAGACUUCACGGUAAUAUAAACAUGGGUAAACGGAUGGCCGAACGGCUUGUGAAAAUGGAAUUUAAUGAUUCUAGCAUCCAUACUCUGCUUGCCAGUAUCUAUGCAUCUGCUAAUAGAUGGGAAGAUGUUGCAAGGGUGAGAAGUAAAAUGGAAGAUCUUGGCAUCAAAAAGUCACCCGGUUGUAGUUCAAUUGAAGUGAAUGGUAUCAUCCAUGAAUUUAUUGUUGGGGAUCCAUCGUGUCCUGAGAUGUAUGAUGUAUGUUUCAUGUUGGACAAAAUGAUGUAUCUGUUAGUGGGCUCUGAAGAAAGCAAAAUGGGAGAAGAAAAUGUGGCUACAUUAAGUUUCUGAAGAGAACACGUUGCAUAAUGGAGUUCAUUUUCAAAUGAGACUCAAACAUUCAACUUGAAGGAUUACAACAGAGAGAUGCAUUUUGGCCAUAACAUUACUUCCAUCAUUCCUUAAGCCGUGGCCAUGCUAGUGAGAUCAUAUCUCUUUGCUUCUAAAUUUGUCCUUGCGAAUUCAAAAUUAAACAUUCUCUUGACAAAUAGUCGUGGUUCGUCAUUUCAGUUUCAUACCCCCUACAGAAUUAUCUGCCCAUAUUUCUGUUGACAGUCACUGUGGUAAUGCUGAAAGUUUAUGCUGUGCUUUUUGGGGUAUAUCGAAGGAGUUAAUCUUUCAUAUUCAGGUCCCUGUGGGCUGAAAAAGUGUCUGCUCUGCUUAGGUCAAGGAUACACGAGGUGGAGAGUGGGGUCUAUUGGUGCAGUCUGCUCAAGUUAGGGAGCUCGCAGUCGCAGGAAAUGCCAGCAAAGAUCACGAGGUGCGCCUUAUUACUCCCCGACACUUGCAGCUCAAUAUGCAGUGAAGAGAUGAAGAGCUCAACAUUCUUAUUUAAAAAAACACUGGCCAGUGGAGGCUUUAUUUCCCAUUUUCAGGUCACUUCAUGAAUCAGCCAAGGACUAGAUUCCUGUGCAGCUGUGUAAGAAAUGCCAGCAUAGAUCAUAAGGUUCACCUUCUUAUUUCCCAACACCGGCAGCUCAAUAUGCAGCGAAGUGAUGAAGAGCUUGACUUUCUUGUUAAAAUAACUCUUGCCGCUGGAACUUUAUUUCCCACUUUCACAGGUCACUUCAAAAACUAAACAAGGACAAGAUUCCUGCGCAGCUGCAUACCAUUAUAAUGUUGUAACUAGAGCCUUCAAUAUGUGGUUUCUCUGGUAAUGCGUCUAGUGUAAUGAACGGGAGCACAAGUACGUUCACAUUAGCUACAUAUAUCUAUGUUUCUAUAAAUUGCUUUAUCAGUUGGCCAAUAGGAAUGCGGCGGCAGCUUCUAUCAUGUACUUUGUGCAAGCUCACAUUAUCAGAAUCCUAGCGUAAGAGCUCUGUGCAAGACUGUCGUUCUCCAUGAAACAAAUUUCAAUUGUCCUAUUGAGAUA